AUGUCCGCCUCGGACUCAAAAAAGCAGCCACAGAGCCAUGAUGCAGCACCACAAACAUCUAUUACUCCGGAGCCACCUUACACAAUAUUUGACAACAGACAGAAAUGGGUAAUCGUUUGCCUUGUCUCAUUUGCUGCUACUUUUUCUGGCUUUGCAUCGAAUAUCUACUUCCCAGCAUUAUCAACCAUUGCAAAAGACUUGAAUGUCUCCGUGGAGCUCGUCAAUUUGACAAUCACAUCCUAUCUGAUUUUCCAAGGAAUAGCACCAAGCUUUUGGGGCCCGGUUUCCGACGUUCGAGGACGUCGAGUCGCAUACACAUGCACUUUCCUCGUGUUUCUCGGCGCGUGUAUUGGACUCGCGGAAACCAAGAACUAUGCGACGCUCAUUGUGCUGCGAUGUCUUCAGAGCACUGGUAGUGCUAGCACGAUUGCUAUUGGGUCCGGCGUCAUUGGCGACAUUACCACUCGCGCGGACCGAGGAGGCUUCAUGGGUGUCUUUCAGGCGGGUCUUCUGGUGCCUGUUGCUGUGGGACCGGUUAUUGGAGGUGGGAUUGCCGGCACUCUAGGAUGGAGGGCCAUCUUCUGGUUCUUGACUAUCUACAGCAGCAUCUUUCUUGUUUUGUUACUUUUCUUGCUACCGGAGACUCUCCGGUCGAUCGUGGCUAACGGGAGCUUGAAGCCAUCUAAUUGCUUGACCAAAUUUCCUCUUGGUACUUAUCAGAGAACCACCAAAGUCGAGUGGAAUACUGAAACACCACCGCCGGAGAUUGGCGUGAGAAAGAAGAUCGAUAUCUUGGGCCCAUUGCGCAUCCUUACCAGCAAGUUCGCCUUCCCUAUCAUUAUCUUCCUCGCCAUAUACUAUGCUGUCUGGCAGAUGAGUAUCACGGCCAUGUCUUCACUAUUCCAAAGUCGAUAUGGCCUCAGUGAAAUCCAGAUUGGUCUCACAUUCAUUGCUAAUGGCGUGGGCUCAAUAAUCGGAACUUUGAUCACCGGCAAAAUCCUCGAUCUGGACUACCACCGAUUCAAAGCUAAUUUUGAGUCUCGGUCAUUCGAUGCGGGUGUUGAAGUCAGAAACAGGCUGUCCGAUAUUACAGUUGACCAAGAACAAAGCUUCCCUAUCGAGAAAGCUCGACUUCGACUCGUUCCUGUGUUAUCCUUGCUUCAAUGCCUCUCGAUUAUACUCUUUGGCUGGACCAUUCAGUACCCUCAGCACGUUCACAUCGCCGUCCCGAUAGUUUCCACUUUCAUUACUGGCUGGGCUGCUGUCUCGAUGCAAUCGGUCAUCAUGACCUACCUCGUGGACAUCUUUCCUGAUCGAAGUGCUGCGGCUAGCGCAAGUCUCAACCUUGCAAGAUGUUUGUUUGCUGCUGGCGGCACAAGCUUUGUGAUGCCGAUGAUUGAUGGCAUCGGGGCUGGUCUCACUUUCACUGUGUGUGUCGCUGUACAGGCUGUCGCGCUGGUCGGUCCUUUGGUGCAAUGGAAGUUCGCUUGUGGUUGGAGGAGAGAGGCUGACCGGAAGAAAGCUUUAGAUUCUGAGGCUGAGGAAUCCUAA